AUCGCCCUGUCUGUGCGGAAAGACGCGCCCCCCGUGCGUAAAAAGGCAGGACCGACGGGCCGCGGCUGCGCGCAGCUGCUGCUCACCUGAAACAGCGCAGCGCACAGACAGACAGACAGACAGGCGGACAAACGGGCAGGUACACAGAGGAGUGGAGCCGGAAGAGCGAGCAGGUCGACUUGUGCUGGUAGUAGUUUGUCCAUAGUAACUCCAGGCGCUUCUUGGAUGGCAACUCUGCCCCCCUGCUUUUUGUUUUUUUAAACUCGGGUUAUUUAUGAAAGUGAAGCGGCAUCGGAGGAAACAUGACAGAGCACGGGAAGAAGCUGAUUCUGAUCGUGGUGGAUAUUCUCUGCGUGUCUGUCGCGGCUCUGCCCUCAGCCAUCCUGACACUGAUGUUCAGCCCGUACCAAAGAGGAAUCUACUGCGACGAUAAAAGCAUCAGCUAUCCCUACAGGAGAGACACCAUCUCCCACGGAGGCAUCGCCGCCGUCACCAUCACCUGCUCCAUCGUCAUCAUCACCACAGGGGAGGCCUACCUCGUUCACACGAAGCGUCUGCACUCCAACUCCCAGUUCAACCAGUACCUGUCAGCCCUUUAUAAGGUGGUGGGCACCUUCCUUUUCGGAGGAGCCGUCAGCCAAUCGCUGACCGACCUGGCCAAGUUCACUAUAGGUCGUCCCCGUCCAAACUUCUUAGCCGUGUGCGCCCCGGUCAGCUGUAACGGAUACAUGCUGCAGAUCAACUGUACCGGCAGCCCUCGCAAUGUGACUGAAUCCAGGUUGUCGUUCUACUCCGGCCACUCGUCCUUCGGGAUGUACAGCAUGCUCUUUCUGUCGCUCUACGUCCAGGCCCGGAUGCAGGGGAAGUGGACGCGACUGGUGCGACCAACCAUCCAGUUCUUCCUGGUGGCCUUUUCUCUGUACGUGGGAUACACUCGUGUGUCUGACUACAAACACCACUGGAGUGACGUUCUGGUGGGGCUGCUGCAGGGGGCGCUCAUCGCUGUGCUCACUGUCCGAUACGUGUCCGACUUCUUCAAGCAGCGCCCCCCUCGCUGCACGCGGCCGGACACGGCAGAGGUGGAACAUCUCGAACGCAAACCGAGCCCGCAGCCGCCCGACUCACAGCACGGAAACCACUACAGCUACUCUGGACCCGUAUGAGCUCUUAGCAGCAGCAGCUCUUCCUGACCUGGGCCUUCACCCUCUAACAGCAGCUCUGUUACCAAAGGACCUGUGACUUGUACAGCAACCACUACCUGGAAAUCCAGACUAGACCUGCUCCACUCGGAGACGACUUCCCAACAAUUUUACGGCUCUGACAACUCAGAGAUUCCCCAAAACCUGCUGGAACAGAAGCUCCUCCGUCUGCGUGUCUUUUAGUUAGGGUGUGUGUGUUAUGAAAAUAUGUGUGAUUGAUGUUCGAAAGUGUACAAUGAUAUGUAUUUUUAUGAUGUUUUUUUUUUUUUUUUUUUAACUGCAUUUUAUGAGGAAAAAGUUUCAGAUUGGAGGGAGGGGGAUUUAUGCUGUGAGUUAAACUGAAAAAUGAGCUAAAGGCUGCUGAAGAAAUCUGUAAACUUCAAAAACGCCAAGCAAAGAUUUCUUUGUGUCCUCGGAUGGAAUGACAAAACCUUGGAGGCUGAACGUUUUCCACUUUGUUGCUUAUUGCAGUCAGAUAAGACGUUUGUUUUACCUACACUGGAGCUAGAUUAGAUCUCACUUUUCUCUGCAGAUGUCUCUGUAUUUUACCGUCUUUCGAAGAUAUCCAUGUGUAAUGAUGGACUUGUUUACUACAUACAUUAUGCAAACAUUGCUAACAUUUUUAUUAUGUUUAUAACUACUGUAUCUAAUAAAUUAGUGUAGCCUUUAAAGAAUGUGCCACCACUACUUUGCUGUGAUGUCACAGUGCAACUUUUUGAGCUGGCAACAUGUGUCUCUUCUCUUUUAAAGACAAACUUCAUCUAAAAGGAUGACCAAAGACAAAUGGAGACAUGUGCAUCCCAUAAACCAUCUUUUUAGCUUCCUUGCUUGUGAAACCACACUCUGACACAAACUAAAUACACCUUCAUGGACCUCCUUCCUUCCCUCUUGAUAACAACAUGUGUAACCUAUUGUGAAGCUGCACAUAAUGUAAUCACUUCUUUCAGCCUGUCGUUUGUUUUGUGUACUUUUCUCUAUAAAUAUUAGCCAGCA